GAGAGUUACUCACAGUUUACAUUUUGCCCAUAUUAUUGAAAAAUGACUUACCUUCAUAAUUUCUCAUUCUUGUUUGCCUUGGGUUUGUUGGUGACAAAUGCCAAUGGAGCUUCAAAAACAGCAGUGAUGAAGGGCAUUUCUGGUGCAUUUGUAGAUUGCAAUUCAAGAAUCGGUAAAGAGCAGAAAGUGGCAAUGCAGAUGGCAAUCAAAGAUUUUAAUGAUAACAUAAAUCAUAGUUUUGCUCUUCACAUUGAAGACACUCAUGGAGAACCCUUCCAGGCAGCUCUUGCAGCAAGGGAAUUUAUUGAUAAGCAAGUGCAAGCUAUAUUAGGACCACAAAGAUGGGAAGAAGCAUCACUAGUUGCAGAAAUUACAAGCCGAGCUGGUUUGCCCAUGAUUUCUUUAGCUGAUGCAACUCCGGAAUGGGCAAUGAAGAAAUGGCCUUUCUUAGUUCAAGCUUCAUCUAACCAGCACCUGCAAAUGAGAGCUAUUGCUGCCAUUGUUCAGUCAUGGGAAUGGCAUCAGGUCGUUAUAAUUUAUGAAGAUGAUGAUUCUUCAAUGGCUGGAGACAUACCUUUUCUCUUAAGUUCCCUGAGAGAAGUAAGUGUAGCAGUAAGCCAUAUUCUACCGCUCCCAUCUUCUGAUUCUUCAAUGGUAGAGGAAGUGCUCGAGAAGAUUAAACAAGAUCAAUGUAGAGUCUUUCUGGUUCAUCUGUCGUUGCCAUUGGCGACUCGACUAUUCGAAAGAGCAAAGAAAAUGGAGAUGAUGGAAGAGGAGUACGUAUGGAUAACUACAAAUGUCUUUGCCAAUCUUAUACAUUCCAUUAACACUUCAACCUUAUCCUCAAUGCAAGGCAUUUUAGGAGUCAAGAGCUAUUUCCCUGACAACGAGCAACCUUUUCAGGAGUUCGAUAAGAGAUUCCGCUCCAAGUUUGCUUCAGAAUAUGGAGAAGAAGAUGAUAAUCAUGAGCCUGGAAUUCACGCUGUGCAAGCAUAUGAUGCCACAUGGAGAAUAUGCUUGGCAAUGAAGGACAGCAACGACAGGAAAGGCCAAGACUUAUUUAAUAAAAUUUUGACAAGCGAUUUUCCUGGACUAAGUGGGAAAGUACAGUUUAUUGACAAGAAGUUAGAUCCAGCUGAUAAGUUUCAGAUCAUCAAUGUGGUAGGAAGGAGUUACAACGAACUUGGGUUUUGGUCAGAAAGAUUAGGGUUCUCCAAGACCAUUAAUGAAAGUGCUAAAAACAGCUCUUCUAUGAAGAAUUUGGGGUAUGUUCUGUGGCCAGGAGCUCCAAGGAGCACUCCUAGAGGAUGGGCUAUACCCACAAAUGCCAAACCACUUAAAAUUGGAGUUCCAAGCAUGUCAUCUUUCAAGCAAUAUGUGAAUGUGGCUUAUGAUCCACUAAAUAAUAGCUAUUCAUUCGAAGGACUUGCUAUCGAUCUCUUCAAAGCUACUGCAGCAAGCAUGCCAUAUUCUCUGCAUUAUACUUUUACGGAAUUCGAUGGAACAUAUGAUAAUUUAGUGGAACAGAUUCAUCUAAAGAAAUUCGAUGCAGUAGUCGGAGAUGUGGCAAUAGUUGCUGCACGAUGUCAGCACGCAGAAUUCACACAACCCUACACCGAAUCGACCUUAGUGAUGAUAGUGCCGCCAGUACAACGACAAACCCCAAAGAGAGAAUGGUUGUUCGUGAAGCCCUUUACAAAGCCUAUGUGGGCUUUAGCCAUCGUCAUCAAUCUCUACAAUGGCUUUAUUGUAUGGUUGAUAGAGCGAAACCACUGCCCUGAACUAAGAGGCUCCGCUGUUAACCAGACUGGAAGCUUCAUCUGGCUGGCCUUCACAACACUCUUUUCUUUACAAGGCAGACAACUACACAGUAAUCUGUCGCGCAUGACAAUGGUGGUGUGGCUAUUUGUAGCUCUAGUGAUUACACAGACGUAUACAGCAAACCUCGCUAGCAUUCUCACAGUGGGAAAGCUUAGACCCUCAGUAACUGAUGUUCAAUCACUGCAGAACAACAACAAAAUGGUCGGAUAUUGUAGAGGUUCAUUUGUCAAAAGCUAUUUAAUAAAUGUCUUGCACUUCCGCCCUGAGAAUGUAAAGCAUUUUAAUUCACCAGAAGAGUAUGCUCAAGCCCUUAGAAGUGGAGAAAUAGCAGCUGUUUUUCUUGAAGCUCCUUUUGCAGAAUUAUUCCUGGCAAAGUAUUGCAAGGAGUUUAUUAAAGCUGGGCCAACCUACAAAGUUGGAGGAUUUGGAUUUGUAUUUCCAAGGGGAUCACCAAUCUUACCCGACGUAACAAAAGCAAUGCUAAAAGUAUCAGAAUCUGGUAUGCUACGGGACCUGGAGAAUGCAAUGGUUGCUUUGGAGAAAUGUGUGGAUGUGGAACUGGAUGAUGAAAUUUCUAGUCUUAGUCUCAGCAGCUUUUGGGUACUGUUCAUUAUUACAGGAGGAACAUCAACAAUUGCUCUUUCUAUCUAUGUAAUUUAUCAGAAAAUGAUACUCAAUGAUUCAACACAGAGAAGCUUGAUCUGGAGAUUUAUCUUGGCUGUAAUGAAACGAAAGAAGCAGCUCAGCAGAAGAGUCGGUGAUGCAGAACCAAGUCCUGCAAAUUCUGCUGGAGUUUCUAUGCAUGUUUAAUUACGUUAACAAUAAUUUGGUGUUAGAAGUUAACUGCAUUAUACAUUCGAGAAAAGCAUAAUAUUACUGUACCAUAUAUUACUAUACUAUACAGCAAUGAAAAUAGUUCAGGUAAAAUUAAGAAAUAUAUUCAAUUUGGUUAUUCA